AUGCCCGGGAUGGGGAGACGUCACAAACACUAUCAUCAUCGGCUGUGCGGUUCAUCUUCAUCACUGCUGCAGCGGCUGGUGGAGUUGCAGCUCCUGCUGCCGGCGGUGCUCGUCCUGCUGCUGGCCACCACCCUCGGACUCGCCUGCCGCGUCUCCGAGUUCUCGUGCAAGGGCAGCGGGAACAGCGGCACCAUUUGCGUUCCACUGGACAAAUAUUGCGACGGACGCAGCGAUUGUGCCGAUGGCAGCGAUGAGCCCAAACAUUGCUCCGUCUGCAAUCGCACAUAUUACGGCGAUAUUGGACGGACCUACGCCAUAAAAGUGCCAACGCCACAGUGGAAUAAAUUGCCGUUCCUCUGUCACUUGACAUUCACAGCAUCCGGUCAUGAUCAAGGCGACAUUGUCCAGAUAAUCUUCGAUGGCUUUACGGUCGGCAGGUUCGAUGAGGGCAUGGUCGAUACGGACGUGGAUGGUUACGAAACGAACCUCAGUCCCACGGGCGAGCUGCCGGGCUGUCCCGAGGGCUUCAUGCAGCUCAGCGAAUUGGGACGCCCAUUCACCGGCGGAUCCUGGUGCGGCAAGGCCACGGGACCGCAAUUGUACUUUAGCGAAACAUCCACGGUGACAGCGUCGGUGAAGGUAUUUCAUCCGCCACGCAAUAUCCGAGACGAGAAGCCCUUUGAGUUCAGCAUAAGAUAUAAAUUUAUAAGCCAGUCGGAUGCAGUUGUGAGAUACGGACUGCCCGAUAAGCCGCUCGAAUUGGGCCGUGUGACACCUGGCACCUAUUGUACCAGGCAAUUCGAUGAAUGCUAUCGUAACAAGUGUCGCCUGCAAAGUCCGAAUUAUCCCGGAAUGUAUCCGAGGAACGUAACCUGCUACUGGACGAUCCGGCAGAAGGAGGUCCCGACCAGCAAGCACGCCAUGAUUGCCGUCAGCCAGGAGAAUCAGCACAAGGCCUUGGUGAAGCGCUCAAUUGCCAGCUUUAACAAAACUUCGCGGUCCAUUCGAGCCUGGUCGGACUGUACAGGUGAGAGGGAUCACCUGAUUUUCUAUGACGGCAGUUCCACCAACGAUCCUGUUUUGGCCAAAUACUGCGGCGGAGAUUGGCUGCCACGCGUCGUUUCACGUGGCCCUGAAAUGCUGGUGGCUUUCCACUCCAGUCCAUUUUCCGCGCCCUUGCAGCAGGGUAUCCCGAAUCGGGGCUUCGAACUGGACGUGGACAUACUAUUUACCGACUCCGAUUCGUUUGACUUCGCCCAAGGUACCAAGAACCUCUGUGAAUUUCACGUAAAUGCCUCGAAUCCAGAUGAUGUGCUAUUCUCGCGCCGCGGCCGCAUGGGACGCAUUGUGAGUCCGCGUCACACGCUUCCGCCGAAUACGACAUGCACGUACCACUUUCACGGAUAUCCUGGUGACCUGAUUUGGUUAUCGUUCACCAGCUACAAUCUGCAGAUCCUGCAGCAGGCGAUACACGACAACAAUACGCUGGGACGGAGCGAUCUGCCGCCGUGGAUAACGCGCCUGAGGAUGUGGGACAGCUAUGGAACCUAUGUGCCCAUGAAAUCGACAAGUUCAACCACCGGUCAGCCGCCCCCACCGCCGCCCGUAGCCUCCUCGGCGGACGGGGGCAAGCCCACGCUCCUGAAUCAGAGCAACUACGGCAGCUACUACUACAGCGCCAGCAAUCCGAAGCUGAAUCGGAACUUGCGGGUCAACAUCGACAACGCCUGGAACCCGGUGGAUACCUACAUCUACGGGCCCACGCAAUCGAGCGUCUUUAAUCAGGAGAACAAGUACAGCGGCUACCAGGGUGGAGGGCCGGGCGGUCCGUCCGGAGGAGCAGGUGCCUCCUCCAAGCACUUGCCGGGCGUCAAGGACAGUCUCAACUUCAUCGCCAGCGGCAAGUCUCCCAAGGAGGUCUCCGCUGCCGCAGUGGUCAGCUCGGACCGAAACAGUGCUCUGGCCCUGAUGAGCACCAAGGGCAAGCGGCGCCUCAUGCUAGAGAUCUACGACUACGAGACGCCCAAGCUCUGUGACCACACGGCCAUUGGCAGUGGCGUAAGUGGCAGUAGUGCCGUUAUGGGUGGCAACAAGCAGAGGCCAUGCAGUCCGUUGGAAAGCUACGUGAGCACCGGAAGGGAUUUGAAACUGGAGUUCCACACGCAUACGGGUACCGCUUUAUUCCCGGCCCAGUUUGCCCUCAACUACGAGUUCGUGGACACGGAGCAGGGCGGAGAGACCUGGACGGGAAGGCGUGGCGAGGACCCCGUGCCGCCGCUCUGCUCCAGAGUUUUCCGGAAGCGCAAGGGCAACAUCCAAGUGCCGAGGAAUGUGUUCCUUUACGGGCGAGGCGGUGCUAAAAACAUAACCUGCUUGUAUCGCUUCGAGGCGGGUCCUUCGGAGAGGGUUAAGCUGGUCCUACACAAUGUCUCCUUCGGCGAGGGUACGGCUUGCACCACGGACUCGGAUUUGCAUACAGGCCGACCUCGCUGCAAUCAACUGGACCCGGAGGGUCGAAUCACUGAGCUGCGACUGUUCGAUGUCCCAUUCAGGGAUGUGAAAAUCCAGCUGGGCUGCUUCUGCGAUAACUCCAGUGCUCUGUACAGCAAUGCGCCGCUGACCUUUGUCUCCCACUCCAGGAUUAUGGAGCUCUCCUUUACGGUUACUCGGUUAAAUAUAUCGGAGGACUUUGCGGAUGUCUUCUUCUCGGCUUCGUACGAGUUCAAGCGGCAGCCGGACUGUAGGAAGCAGUUGAAGCUGAAGGGCGCCGGAGGAGAGGAUGAUCUGAAGUAUCCCCUCAAGACUCAGGAUGCCAGCUGCGAGGGCUUGGCCUGGUACAUUGAGGCCCAGUCCGCGGAAAGAUCACUGUUUGUUCAAACCUGGGGAGCUUAUUUGCCGGUGGACCCCACGUCCGAGGAUGCCAUGAGGUGUCACACGAAAAACAGGCUGAUGAUAUAUUCCGGACGCCCUCUGCGACCCAUGAGGGUUGUGUGUCCGGCGCAGAGUGGGCCAAGGCCAAUGUCCCUGCACAUAUUCUCCGAGGACUGGACCAAUGGACAGCCCUUGUUUAUGAACAAACCCAUCAGCCUUGUGCUGGAGCCCAUCCUCAAGGAGCCCGGCGACAUAGCCUUCACGUGGCUGGAGAUCCAUCGCACCAAGAACGCCCUGCUGCAGCAGCUGGACCUGCAUGUGAACGCGAGCGUUACCACGGGCUUGGGUGGCGGCAGCCAGAGCUCCUCCCAGUCCUCCUCGUCGGGAUCCAAUACGGGAAUUGGCGGACUGGGCGGCACCAGUGCUGGCGCAGGAUCCCCCAACACCGGGGGAGCAGGAGGCUCUGCGGGCGGGGCGACGGCCAACGAGACGCUGAACGAGUUCGGGUUCUUUCCCAAGGAGUCGGACUGCGAAUACAAAUGUCCUGAAAUUGAUGCAUGCAUUGCGGCCAGCCUGUGGUGUGAUGGUCAUCACAACUGCCCCAGCGGGUUCGACGAAUCGGAGGAGGAGUGCGGCACCGCUCGCAAGCUGCUGGAAUUGCCGGGCGGCGUGUUCGCCGCUCUGGGCUGCAUUGCGGCCGCCCUGACGGCCUGCCUGAUAUUUUGCAUGUUCGGCCUGAUGAGGAAGCGGAAAAAGUCGGUGGUGCAGAAGGGCGGCGGAGUGGGCGGCGUCGGGGGCGUUGGCGGCAUGGGCGUGGGCAUCGGCUUCAUGAACGGGGCGAGCAAUGGCAAUGUGUCCGCCGCCAGCAUCGGCACACUGAAGAAGGACUUCAAGAAGGAGGCUCUGUACAUCGACCCAGCCUCCUGACACGGGCUCCAGCCGGUCGAAUAUAUCCACGUGGACCGCGAGACCACCGUGUGAUAUGUUGCCGCCGGCUGUGGCAUCACCUAUGAUCAUGUGGAGCUUUGCAUGGAGAUGGAGGAGGCCUGACCGUUCAAAAUCUGGCCUGGGGAUUUUAAAGAUACAGCGUUAACGCCUGAAGGUAUGAGGACACUAAAAGAACCUACAUUUUAAGUCGAUAACUUUUUCUAAACGCUUCUGGGAGUCUAAAAAAUUGGGAAUGAGCGCGUGAGUGUGCAGAUUUAAAGGGAAUGUUUAUGGAUAUGAGCCUUUAAGUAGGUUUUCCUUGGUUUUCUGAUCAAUUUCUUCUUCACUAGCUAGUCUGUAUAUACUUUACAGUUAGAAGUCAGGAACGUACGACUUGAUAUUUUUGUUACCAGAAAACUCUGUCCUAAUUUCUUUGUUAAAACUAAAAUAUAAAAUUGCAAUGAUCACACUUUAGGCAUAUAUAACAACUCUUCAGAAGUGUUUGAAUCUAAUUUUUAACAUUUUUAAUGGUUAUCCUCAGUAUUUCUUUGAUUAAGACUUCACACAGAAAAGCGAGAACAGAGAGAAAACUAUUGUAAAUUAGGUACCUUUAAUACGGUUAGAGAUCAGCUAGAGAGCAAACAAUUCGUGGGCAGUACGUAGAUGCCUUUGGCAUAUUUUCCACAUAGCACCCAUUAAAAGGAAGGUAAACAAAUUACAUUUAGCAACUAAAUGGAAAAGAUCAUAAACUACAAUGAAAUUGUAUAGAGAGAGUAACUCAGUAAAAAUUAAAGACAGCAGAUCCCCCUUCGCGGGGCUCUCUGGCACUAUCUUCUAAGUGAUUAGACUAAGUAUGAAAACUGUUGGCAGCAUUUGCAAGGGAGUUGGGGAGCGUUGAGGAAAAUCUCUACAGUGUUGUGAUCUAAGGCAUGCACAUACUGAACAAUGUUUAAACGAGCAAGUCGAAGCAUUUACAUGGAUAACACUCGGUAUGAUAUAUUAUACAUACUUUCGGUUAGGCAUUAGCUAGUAUAUAGUCUAUAAAUAUUGCAGCACUCUUGGGUUUUUUAUCGUACAGCACAGACACACCAGCCGAGAGCAUCACUUAGUGGUUUAUUACAUACAAAUCGAAGCGAGAAAAUAAAAAAAAUGCAAUUGUUAUUAAUGGUUAAGUAGAACUCCCAAACAGAGAUAUGUUCACGCUUUAUCUUGACCGAGAGAACUGCCAAAAGAAUUUUAAAGCUAAAAGAACAAUCAUAUGUACAUAUUUUUGUCAGGAAAUUACUCGUUUUUGAGUUCGUAAAUUGAACGCAAAUUGUUUCCCAUAAUCAGCUGCAGUAAAUAAUAUUCCUAACGCUAUAUGGACCUUGUAAAAACUACAAGCAAAGAAUAAUACUGAAGUGUACUCAGAAUCUACCAUGUAAGCCAUGUCCCGAAACCCAUAUAAACAAUCAAACUUUUGGCAGUUGCUAGGAUUAAGCAAACACCAAACCAAAGUUAAGCAAAUAAACAAGACAUAAGUACUUUAUUUUAUAGACGCUAAACUAGGAACACAAAUUAUGGGAAUGAAAACGAUACAGAGCAUAAAAAAAGCAACUGCCUGCAAUGCGAAUUUUAAAAAUUAAAAACCUCUGACAUAUGCAGACGGAAUCCACAUCUAUGAAAACCCAUUAAAAUUUCAACUUCAAUAAAGUGUUACUGGAAAGCACGUGUAUAAUAUAUAUAUAUCUGAUUUAGUCGCCAUGAAAGGGUAAA